CUGGUUGUCGGUAAAAACAAAAAUCGGGCUGAAGGGGAAACAUUAUUUUGCCGCGGUCGGUACUUUACGACAUAAACUGGACGGAAUAAUGUAAAUUGCGCAAACAAGAUACAUGUGAACAAUGGUGAGGUGAGAUGCUCAUGUGAUGCAGAAGGAAGAAAGGACACGGACAUCGGAAUGCCACAGGCUGUCUCGUUGCUGCCCUUCCUUCUCGUGCUCAUAGGAUAUGCUUUUGCAGGGCUCAGCAUAUGGCCCUCUUUCCAUUUUGCCCUUAGCAAUGGGAGUGUAUUUGUGGACUUCAGCGCAAAGUCUGACAACAACACCAGCAGCAACGUGAGCCUCUCUCUGGUGAACAUGGAAACCAAUACCUCUCUGCUGUCCAGGACCCUGCCCAGCUACCAACUGGUCGGUAGGGAGGAGUUCAAUUGUUCCUGCUUCCCGUAUGCAGGAACUUUCCGGUUCCUGCUGAGGCAGACAAGCAUCACCGCUGUUUCUCCUCACGCUAACGGAACGCACGUCCGCAGCACGCACAGCUCGGCCUCCUGGUGGAGCUCUGAGCUGCUGGUGCAGUGGCCCACUUUUCACAUUUCUAUGGAGAGAGCAGCAAACCAUUCGGAAUAUUUCCAGGUUGGGUUGUCCACUAAUGAACACUUUAAGGCUUGCUCCAGCGGCACAGACUCUGCCCUCUUCUUAGAAGUGAAUUACAUCGAGUACAACCAAAUAGGACGAAACACCAUUGAGAAAGUCCGUGCCCAGAUACGGAAACCCAUCCGGCCUCUUCGUUCGCAGAGCGUCGCGCUGCCCUGUGCUUUUCCAUUCACCGAGAGAGACUUCAUAAACGUGGUUCUACGAUCCCCUUACACAGUACAAGAGGUGAAGAGCUCUGGACCUCUCUAUCUGUCCCAUAUAUUCCCAUAUAAACUACUAGUGGAAAACGUCAACGCGUAUAAGCGUGGGUGCGUGGGCACAGUGACUGUCAAGAUGAUAACCCCUCCAUGUACUCACGUCAAUGGGAAAAUACUACUGUAUAAUGCAGCAGUUGGAAAGGGGGCAGAUUUUACCCCCAGUGCGACGGGGUCUGGACCUGAAGAACCUUCUCCUUCUCCGCUGGCGUUUAAUUGGCUCACACCGGGGGAAAAUGAGACUGAAUUCAACUGCUCCGUUUUUCACCCGGGAAGAAACAAGUACUGCUUCCGCUUCGUUUUCAACUUCAGUCAAUUCCCUAGUCCAGUACAGACGUGUCUGGUGGUUUACAGAAGCAAAGAAUCUUGGGGGCCCUGGAAGCCAUGGAGUCUUUGCAGCGUGACUUGCGGAGAUGGAUUGAGGGAAAGAGUGCGUGAGUGUUUGCUGCCCUCGGGUGAGCGAGACAUGAAGUGCACGGGUAUGAUGAAGGAACAGUCUCUCUGCUCCCUGGAGGACUGUAACAUGUUACCCUCUCCAUCUCCAUCCCUGUCCUCUGUACCCGGGGGAGCAUCCCCGCUCGGCGGAAACAUGAUUGUGGUGCUGGGCAUCUCCUUCUGCUUGGCAGUCAUCAUGGCAACUGUCGUGGUGACCGUGUGGAGAAAGCUUUGCCAGACUCCUCAGUGCAGCUCGGUCCACAGAGGCUCCAUCCACUCCCCUGGGGGGCGCAAGCUUUCCGACGAGGCCUCCAUCUGUGGCCACAGCCUCCAGAGGCCCAGCCUGUCCGACGGUCAUUGCCCGUCGGCUGCAGUCGUUUCCCAAACAGACGCACCCUCGCUUGGAGCUCAGCCUCUCUCGCCACAGGCGCUGGUGAUACCGCUGUCGCAGGAUCCAGAUAGGCUGUCUCCCACAGGUCAGAAAGUGUUACCGCCGAUAUUUGGCUACCGCUUGGCUCAGCAGCAGCUAAAAGAGAUGAAGAAGCAGGGGUUGAAAGAGGCCACGCAGCUGUACCACGUCUCCUCCAGCCCCGUCCACGACACUGCGCUAGAGACGCGCGCCUCGCCCGACACCUCCCCAGUUCCUUCGCCUGCUGGAUUCGCUUGUCCUGCCCCUCCCGUGGGUACGCAGGACAAUGUCAACCACAGCCAUCUCUCCCGAUCGACUUCGGGGGUCACGUCAGACAGACUGAGUCCAAGAGUGGAGCUGGUGUUGGGUCCUCCCGCGUCUGGGAGGAGCUCGAAAUGGCGCGACCGCACAGCCGACUGGGUGGAGAUGGUAGAGAGGAGUAAGAUGUCGGGUCUUAGGAGGGGAGGAGGAGAUACGGCACUGGGAAAUAGCUACCGCGAGAAUCCGAACUUCAGGCGGACCUCCAGCUUUAGUGACACAAAACUCCUUUCGACUUCUUCAGCUCCGUCCAUGCAGUUUAGAGAAAGGAGCAUGACCCAGGUAGGGUCUCGGACGCUUCCAGAAGGAAGUUCUUGGACCAAAGGGAGACGGGAGAGACAGCCUCACCCUUCUUACCCCAUCCCAGAGCACAGAGUCUCAGACUGGAGUACAACCAGAUCCAAGAGUAAUGACCAGAGGAAGGCUUGGAUGGAGACAGCAGCUCCUUCGCGUAACAAUCACGUCAAACACACGGGAACAAACACAAACAAUCUUUUAAUAUCCGAGAAAAAUGCUAAAGACUUCAGUGGCACUGGGGAAAGAAAGAGGCUUGCCAACCCUGGAGGGAGCGGUGAAGAGUUGGUCUCAGGGAUCGGCGGUCCGUCCCUUACAGUUCCCAGUUCUCAUGAGGGGAACCGGCUGGGUGUGGACCGAGCUGAGCGGGCUGAGCAGAACUGGAACCGGCGGGGCCCAUCACCCAUCCAGAGGAACAUCCUGGCCCGCAAACUGAAAGAGGCUCAGUCCUUCUCUGGAGCCAAAGGACGCCAGCGAAGCUCCAGCUUUAACGUCUCAUCGUCUGAUCGCAGGAAAGACUGGUGCCACUCUCUGCCAAUGUCUGGAGACCAGGGCAGCGGUUGUGGCUCCCCCUACAGGCUGAGUGAGGCGGAACAGAGGAUGCUGGACUUGGAUCUGUCCCCAGUUUUUGCACAGAAGGAGUAGGAGAUGAGUUAUUGUUAAACUACCGUGUUAACAUAUCCUAAUAUGGUGGAAACAUACGGAACAACUAACCCUUUAACAUUUUUAGUUGAUUAGAUUUAAUCUUUCCAAGGGUUGAUGAGCUUUUUUUUUUUUUUUUUACCUUUCUACACGGUGAAACACAAGGCAGAUCAGUGACAGAAUGCAAAAUGCAUCAGAUAAGGGUUUAUGUAAACUGUAUAUGUACAGUUUGAUUCAUGCUGUGAAGUUUCAGUGUUUAUCACAGUGAAACUGAUGGGAUUUUCUGCUGUUCAGGGACCUUUAGAAUUUGUGUAGAUUGGAGCAGUUCAAAUGAGCACAAAUUACAUCUUUAAUAUUUACUGGAAUUGUGUUUGAGAAUUUCACGGUAUUCUGGUUUGGUUGUUAAAACAUUUUUUUUAUAUAAUAAAACUCUGACCUGAAUACUUUGCAGCACCAUCCUUUGCUGCAAUCAAAGCAGCAAGUCUUCCAGGGUAUAUUUCUGUCAUUUUCCUGCUGGAAGAUGAAUCUCUACCCCAGACUCAAGUCUUUUGCUGCCCCUGACAGGUUUCCUCCCAGUAUUUCCUUGUAUUUAGCUCCAUCCAUCUUCCCGUCAACUCUUGAGUAGCUCAGCUGUCCCUGCUAAAGAAAACCAUUCUCACGCCAUGAUGCUUCCAUCACCGUGUUUCACCAUGGAGAUGGUGAUUUCAAGGGUAUCUGCAGUGUAAGUCUUUAUGUCACAAAAAAAAAAAAGAUUUUACAUGAAGGCUCUGGCCAGAACACCUUCUUCCACGUGUUUGCUGUGUCCCCAACAUGGCUCGGGGCAAACUGCAAACUUGACUUUUUUUUUUAAUCCAUUUUCUUCAAUAAAAUGUUCGUACUUGCCACACUCUCAAAAAGCCCAUAUUUGUGAACUGGAAGGCUAAUUGUCGUCCUGCUAACAGUCUGUCACACCUGAGCUCUGGACUUCUACAGCUCUUCCAGAGUUACAAUGGAUGUCUUGGCCAGUUCUCUGAUUGAUGUUCUGCUUGUCAGUUAAGGUGGACAGGAGUGUCUUGGUAGGUGUGCCAUACUCUUCCCAUUUUGU